ACGGCCUUAUGUGCCGUGGUGCGCUAUUUUCAAGAACAAGUUCAGAAAAUUGCCCUAGCUUGCCUCAGGAUAUCCUCUAGCUUUGGAUAGUACUUGCGAGUAUCACGCCGUCCGUAAUGAUUAGAGCGCAAACUAUCGUGGCACGUACACCAACUGCGCUUCUCGCCUCUCUUGACCGUUUUCAUUUGCUCUCCAAAGCGAAAGGUAGUACGCUCCUCUUUGCCCUUUCCGCUCCCUCAGACACUCUGUCUGUGAUAACUUCUCAUUUGAAUUCUCAUUUUCCUCGCCACAUUGGAUGUCUAUCGUCACCACUACCGGCGUACCGUUCGCACAUCAUGUGUGCUGUCGCUCUGCUAGAUGGAAUCACAUUCCGAUCGACGAUUGCUGGUCGCGCUGUUCCUCAGGUUGGCCGAUGGCAUGCUGCAAGGCGCUCAAGUCAACAACCACUACCCGCAGCACAAUCAAACGUUUUUGGCGAAUUUAGUGGAGAUCUGGGCCGAGUUAACUGGGAGGACAUAUGGGAUAGGAGCGCCGGAUCUGCUCAGGAACUGCCUGUGGAGCUGAGAAUGGCGAGACCUGACGAUGUGUCUUCUAUACUCUAUUUCUCGGAUAAAGCCCCGGAGGGCAUCGCGAAGGCAUUGAAGGUCACUUUUCCGCAUUCAAAUGAGUUAGGUUUUUUGGCGUCCUCGACUCCUUUCAUCACAGGUCGACCAGUGACGCUUUUCCACGAUGGCGAGGUCUAUUCAGAUGGAGCAAUCGGAAUUGCCCUUCAGCCUUCUCUGGGCCAUACUUCACUGACAGUCGAGUUUCCUGGUCUGGUGGAUCUGACUCCGGAAUUGCAAAUAACAAGUUCUGGGGGAAAUCUUAUACUCACGGUUGAUAAUGGAAACCCUACACGUCUCCUCCUUGCUGCAAUGAAUAAACACGGCCUUGACGGCCGUGACGUCUUGCUCAAGGAUCAAGAGUUUUAUGUUGGCGUCAUGAGUCACGGCAAGGUAGAACGAUUACACCGUAUAACCUCAGGUGAUCCUUCACGCGGCACCAUAGCCCUCGAGACAACGAGUGCGCCACCACCGGGCUCCGUCAUGAGAAUGCUCUAUUUGCCACGGAGGGAUGAAAUAGCCUUGAACUUGGAGUCAACACAUGGAAACGCGUCCCUUUCCUUCAUUGCGACACCUGACUGCAUCGGUGACGAGCCUCCAUCACCAGUCCUUGACACGGACGUCCUGGUAAUUGACGGAAUUUUUGUUGCUGGGUCUGAGAAUGGGUUUACAUUGAGAAGAGGUGCUAAGGAAGAAAGCUGGUCCUGCAAGCUGCCUGGUGGACGAGCUCGCUUGCAUUGGACAUGACACAGGCUGCGGCUGUUGUGGAGUCUUUCAAUUUCUUCUGGGAAACUAGCCACUCGUGGUUCUAUAGUUAUACGUCGUGAUUCAUUCAGGUCUUCUCUCUCUUUUGGCGAUUGGUUUUACCAUGUUUCUCAUGUGUUGUUUUGUCCAUGAUAGCUUCCCCUUUGAUGUGCAAGCCAGUUGGCAUUAAGUUCC